GAUUCGAUAGCCGGCAACGAGGAGAAAGAGUGAGACACAGAGAGACAGAGAGUGAGAGCGAGUGGUAACCUGGGAACUCGACAAACGAACGGCGAUCGAUUUGCACCGUGAGACACGCGACUUCAGGCGUGUGUGGUGGGGAGGGGGAAAGGAGAAAAGGGGUUUCGCAUCGGCUGGAUGCAGUCGUCGUGCGGUUUGGAUUUUUUACCUGAGGCGAAGAGCAAUAAUGACGUGUUCGCCGGAGGUGUUGCAGUGCGAGCUUAGCCGUACGUCGGAUGAUCGUGACUGAGAGAAAGAAGGAGAAAAAAAAUAACAAUAUAACCAGACAUAAACAAAAACCAAAAGGAGAUCCCUGCACCGUGUAAAAAGGAUUCACGAGCGGCUUAAGGAGAGAAACAAACAAGCGAAGAGAAGAGAGAAAAAAAAAAAAAAAAAGAAAACCGAUUUCAAUUGUUUCAAAAUAGAUAUGAAAUUUAUUGUAGAAUGUCGGCAACAGAAGUCAGUUUGUUUUUAUACUGCUUCGCGAUUUCGAACAAACUGCAGUACUUCCACCGUUCCUAUUAUUGUUACAGUUUCAACGAUCCACCGAAAGAAUAACGAAUCAAUUCUCGAAUUGAAUGAUUGUACUUGAUUACGUUCUUUUUUUUUUUCAAAUAACCACUUUUAUUCAAUACCGUUUCGUUUCUUUCACUGCACGUAUAUACGUAUACAUGUUAUAUACAAUUUCAUCGCCAUGUACAUGUUUGUAAAUAUACGAGGUCGCGCAUUGCACUUCGCUAUUCUCGGACUAUUUUGCCUGUCGGUUUUUGCCUAUUAUUACACCGCUACCAACGAGAUUCAUCAGAUGACCGUGCUGAUUACCAGCAGUCAGUCGUCAGGAAUCAUGGUUCGAUCGAUACUGAAUGCAAGCGGAGAAUCGCAAGGAGCAUUAUCGACAAAGAAUGCAACAGUUGAGCCACCGUCUCUCAACGCCUCUUCGCACGAUGCGAGCAACUAUCAACAAAUGACGACACCUUCGUCAUUGGUCAGCUCACAAUCCACCAUGAUAUUAAAUAUAUCGAAGAGCAUCGAGCAGGCGCCCAUCAAGAAGCCAGCAAAAAUUCAAAAUAUCAGUGAAAGCGCUACGCCGGUAAUCAGGAAUGAUUCAGCGGCUGCCAUUUACCAGCCUGGCCACUCAGUAUCGAUACCAGAAAAGUGUCCGAACUUAGGUGCCAACAUGGAAGUGGUGAUCCUUGUAAUGUCAGCGCCGACACACUUUGCAGCGAGAACAGCCAUACGCCAAACCUGGGGUCACUUUGGCCAGAGAAAAGAUGUCGGCAUAAUGUUCAUGCUCGGCGAUACGACUGACAAACAAAUAAGAGCGGUAUUGUCGAGGGAAGAAGACAUGUACAGAGACGUGAUUAGAGGUAACUUCAUUGACUCGUACUCAAACCUGACGCUGAAAACUAUAUCGGCGUUGGAAUGGGUCCAAGAAUAUUGCAGUAAGGUGAAAUUUUUCCUAAAGACUGACGACGACAUGUUCAUAAACGUUCCACGGCUAUUGUCGUUUGUGAACAAACACUCCAAGAGUAGAAACGUGAUAUUUGGUCGUUUGGCUCGGAGGUGGAAACCGAUCAGGAACAAGAAGAGCAAGUACUACGUAUCUCACUCCCGGUACAAGGCGGAAAGAUUUCCAGACUUUACAACCGGUCCUGCGUACUUAUUGUCGAGCGACGUAGUUCCCAAGCUUUACGUCGAAUCCUUAAAGCAGACUUAUCUGAAACUCGAGGACGUAUUCACCACAGGUAUCGUCGCCCACAAACUGGGCAUAAAAAGAUAUCAAGCGAAUGAAUUUUUCAACAAAAGAAUUCCCUUCAAUCCUUGUAACAUACAGCAUAGCGUCAGCAUUCACAUGGUUAAAUACAGCGAACAAUUCGACCUUUGGAAAAAGUUACUCGACGGUAAAAGCAAGUGCAAAUAGUAAACGAAAUGAAAUACAUAAUACGUAUAAAAUAGUUACCAGUUUCUAGGCUGGUAGAAACAUCCGUAAUUGACCAGGAAUUUAAUAUAAUAAUUAAGUAGUCCAGUCAGCUUUAAAUAUAUAUAUAUUAUAUACUUAUAAUAUAUGCAUAACUUUGCACACGAGCUAAUUUGGGACAAGAAUUAGUCAUUUUAAUACUCCCAGACACAAGCCACAAGUAUUAUAUAGAUAUAUAAUAACUGAAGAAUUGCCUGUUGCUGUUUUAUUACUGCCGGUAACUUUUCUUUAUAACAAUUUCUAUCAUUAUUACAAUCAGUAACUUUUUUACUUCUCAUAUUCAACACAUGGUGACUUUGUUCCUUGUAACGAAAUACUC